GAAAACAGUACAUCACGUUUCUCAAAAACCGCCUUAUCAUCAAUAUUCACGUGACUUUUGCUAAUAUUUAGUAUAUUGAAACAUCUGGGUGUUAAGUUCUUUUGUUUAUUGAAUUCAACAAAAUAUAUAGAAUGAAGGAAGCAUGUGACAUUAUUGUUGUCUUUUACAUUCUACUUCUACACGUGACUUUGUCUAUACUGAUCUAUACUGCUACGCAAAUUCAACGCAAAUACAACGUCACCAUGGAACAAUACGUGAUAAUUGAACAUAUAUUUAAAACAUUCGAAAGCCAGUUGAAAGAGACUAUAUACUAUUUAGUCAUAGUGUGAUGAGUUCGAGGAAACUUUAAAAGCCACAUUUGUUUUUGUUUUUGUUUUUUUGCAUUUUUAUUUAAGUUUUUGCCGAAAAAUAGUGCGAAAAUUAAACAAGACGUUGUCAACUUUGACAUUUAAUUUUACUAUCAGGACGAAACACUUGCUAAAACUUCGUUGUUCUGUUUAAAAGGUACGAAAAUGGCAUGCACUCAUACAAAUUUUACUUCAGCUGAAAGUGGAUACGAUAUUCCUGUGUUUGGUGCCGGUCACACGUGUUUUUACGUGAUUCACGUGACAGCUCUCGUCUGCUUGGGGAUAUCGUUCAGCACAGCGUUAUCAGUGAUUAUCUCCUUAUUCAAAUCAAAAGCAAGAAAACCAUUCAUGACAUGGCAAAAACAUGAACGAUUUUUGAUAUAUAGAUGCCUUUGUGAUACUGUUUUUGGUUUUGUUCAUAGUUUGGACCACGGUCAGAUGCUGUUUACGCAGGACCAUGUCAGACCCCGUGGACUAUGCUCAUUUUAUGCCUUUAUCAUAGUUAUAAUUUGCGUAUCUGAAAUGAACCUUUCACUAUCGUCUGCCUUUAAUGCCAUGUUGUCCGUUUAUUUUAGGAAGAAUUUUGAUUUCGGUCGAAAUGAUUGGAAAUUGCUGGUUUUUGUUUUCGUGAUUCCCUUCAUGAUAGUGGCUCUUAUUUUGGCGUUAGGAGUAUUAGGUCCAGGUGGCUUUCUAUGUGUGUUUGAUUCUGUCAAAGGGAUAAUAGCCAACAUCGUUCUAAGUACAGGGUUAACUACUGUAGUCUUGCUAGCGCUUUCUGUAUUUUAUGUGUUAACAUGGAGGAGAAUUUAUAAGGAGGCCGAGGUCCUUAGAGUCCAACUUGGCAAUAAAGGAAUUGCUCGAAGCGCAACGCUAAAAUCUGCGAAGGCCAUGUGUUUGUUUGUAGUGGUUUAUAUAAUUCAAUGGACACCCGUCAUUAUCUAUGGAACUUGGCAGUUGAUUUCAAAUGUUCCGUUUGAAUUAUUCGUAGCGGUUGUCAUGAUGACAAAUCUUAGUGGUUUCCUUAGCGGAAUAAUUUAUUUAAUCAACAGACCAAAGACAAAUUCCGUCUCAAACCACACCACGACUGCGGACAAUAUGAAGAGUAAAACAAAAUGUGCUUGCGCUGAACGAAAUAAACCACUAACACCUGGCAACUUGUUGCGCAUCAAUUAUAAAGAAGAGGAGCACACGCAUGUCAGUUUUGUAGUAUUGAAAAAUAACCAAACAACAAAUGUCAGUUGAGUGCGAACAUACUAAGGAAACAUUAAAUACUUUAUGGAAUGAAAUUGAGGACGAUACUCACUCAUUAUUGAGAUGUACAAAUUAGGUCUUAAAACGUACAUAAUAAGAAACUAAAUUGUUCAGUAUUAAUCAGGAAAAUGUAGGCACAAAAGAACACAGAAACAAAAAUCUUAUGAGUAUAGAAAAUGUGUACAUUAUUAAGAUUUUUAACAAACAGACAAGAUUCGUGUAUUUUCCAUUUCCAUUUCAUGCUUUCAUCUUCGUAUAUCAAUAUUGGUAACUUUGUUUUUCUCUGUAUUCAUUUCUUAUUCAUAUUUUCUUGUCAUGAGAAGUAGAGUAAUAUAUGUCUGCAAAUCCAUUUAGCUACAAAUGUUUGUCACAGAAAUAUUUUUUUUUUGUAUAUCGGAGCCAUGUAUAGCUCACUAUACAGUAUUGUACUUAUUCAUUUUUUAAUUUCCAAUACGAUAAAAGAGAGGCGAAAGAUAAGAACUCUCCAGUGAUAAAUUAAGGAAAGAACAACACGAACCACUCCUAAACGCGGAGGUCUCGUGGUCUCUUAAAAGGGAAGCACAUCUUGUUCCACAUUUGUCACCGGUCGUGCUGCGCAUGUCAAUAAGUUACAUUUCGAAGACGGAAUUACCGAUGCGGGAUAACCUAUAAUUGCUUACAUCUACGUUACGUUGUCCCUGGUCGUUGAUAGUUCCCUCAUUGGCUAUCAUGCCACGUCUUCUAAUUCACAUGAUAAUUUAUGUUUAUAUGUGUAGAAAAGUCGUUAAUCGUUUACAUUAGUAUUAAAAACACUAAGGCCGCACGGUUAUCUGUUAUUGCUGACUUCAUCUUAAUUUUGUCUAUUUUGAUGGAUAGUUCUUCUUAUUCUUAACAAUGUAUAUAGAAAAGUCUUUAUAAUUUUGUUUAUAUAAGCAUUAGAAAGCACUUAUUAAAGGUCACACGGUUGUCUAGUAUUGCUUACAUCCUCAUCAUUUGAAUGUUGAUGGAUAAUUGAUUCAUCAUUGGUAAUCAUCUCAUUAUUUGUAUGUUGCAUGUACAUGUAUGAUGAAGCUUUUCAUUUUCUUUUUUUUUUUUUAUAAAAGACAAAUGUUUUUCUUGGGAAGGCCAUAUUCUUGAAAAAAAACGUACUUGAUAAAUUGUAUCGACUGUAUCAAUCCAUAAGUCAGUCCUUUUCUAGUAUUUACAUCAAUGGAUUUGAGAUAACAUUGCAAUAACUUGCAGCUCAGUCAUUCGGAUGUACCAGCAUGCACCACAUCUUCCUAUAUCUAGUAUGCUAUGGACAAAAAUACCGUUCAAAUCCAUCACUGUUUAAAUAAAUAACAAUUUUGUUUUAUAUCAUUUUUUUUAAUAAACAUUAUUAUACUAUUCAUUUUUUCUACAAAUCAUGUAAUUGAUCAACUCAAACGCAGUUACUUUUUAACAGUUAAACGUGCAAAUAUAAUGCAUUAAGUCUUGUGAAACAAUGAUAUUUUUUUUUGCGACGCUUAUUACUGUGCGAUAUUUAU